GCCUAACCGUCUUAUCAUCAUCACCUUCUUUCUCUUUAUAAAAACAAACCAUUUCUUCUUUCUAAAGCAAACAAUAAUUUUCUCCAGAUACGAUCAUCAUGAAGCUCGUCUGGUCACCGGAAACAGCCUCUAACGCUUACAUCCACACCGUUCGAUCCUGUAAAAGCUACAAAGAAUCGAGCGUGGCGGAGUUUUUAUCGGCUACGGCGGCGGGAUGGAACACGAGGUUGAUCGUCGAGACUUGGUCACGUGGAGACCCGAUCGCAACCAGCGUUGGACUCGCCGUCGCGGCCAUACACACACGUGGAAGACACGUGUGCAUAGUUCCGGACGAGGAGUCGAGGUCGGAGUACGAGGCGGUGAUGAAAGGAGCCGUCAAGAGUGAAUCGACGGAGGUGAUGGUAGGCGAAUCGACGGAGGAAGUGGUUGAGAGAAUCUCCGGGGUGGAUUUCAUGGUGGUUGAUUCGAAACGCCGCGAGUUCGUCAAAGCGUUGGGAUUAGCGAAAACGAGCAAAAUGGGUGCCGUUUUGGUGUGCAAAAACGCCACGCAGAAAUCUAUCCCCGGGUUUAGAUGGCACGGAGUUUUGAGACGAGGCACACGUGUCGUGAGAUCGGUGUUCUUACCCCUUGGAGGAGGAUUAGAUAUCGCACACGUGGGAGCCAGUGGUAAUAAUGAUUUGAAGAAGCUUCCUAGCCGUUGGAUUAAACACAUAGAUCCUCAAUCUGGAGAGGAACACUUGUUUAAGCGUUAGUCAACGUUACCAUUUUCUAUAAUCAUGUAAUAUAUAGAAAAGAAUCUCUGCCCGAAGUCAACAAAGUUUUGAUGAUUUGUUUCCAACUGUAUAGCUUUUCUUUUGUUUUGAGAUUUUUUUGCUAAAAGAUCAUAUACUUUUGAAUUAGAUGAUGAGAACAAUAUUGUUAAUA